ACGUGUGCGAGGGCUACUUGUGGAAUUGAAGUUUAUCAGAAUUUCACAAAUAAUUUCGGAGCAACAAAUGGAUUGAACAUUAGUAUUAACAGCAUUUCUUAGUUGGCUUUUUUACAUGCUGGAGUUACAUAUAGGGUUUUCUUUUUUCAACUCUUUAAAUUUGGAUUACAGAACUAAACAUCCUGGGGGACUUUAUACUCAUUCAUUCAACAUUAUCAGUUCAUUAAAAACAGACUAUAAAGCUUCACAGAUGCGCGCGAAUGUUUAUCGUUAUACUGAAGAGCAGUGCUUGCGAUAAGUUAAUCCACCUUUGAGGUCUAUACUCUACCUUAUUUUUUGAUGGCAACACUGGAUGAUGCCAGUCUAGCAUGGCUAUCUUUUCAACUCGUGCCACCCGUGAACCGACAUGGCAUUUAGCCGCGUCUUUUCGGACCCUCCGUCCAAGAGCAUCUUUAAGACAUUGGCAGUCAUGUUUCUGUCAGUACUUGCAUCGUUAUACUUUUUGCACUGCCUCGCGGACCGAUGCGGGACAUGUAUACCCACUGACAGAAGACAUACCGAUCCGGUCGAGGUAUUACACGUCUCGGAAAUAAAAGAUUUUGAGUCGUUGAAGAAAAAGAGACUUCUUCAGAAAUGGACGUCCGUGAUGAAGCGCGACAACUUGAUCAAUCGCCUCAAGGGUUUCGAUGAAGAUUUACCUGUAGUUGAGGCAAAUAAGCAGGUGUUCAACACUCUGGAUGUUGAUUUAAAGGCUGGAGGUUCGUAUUUUUCAGGUAAAUUAAGUUCUUUGGGUGAGGGCAGUAAGAAGCUGCCUCAGGCGAUCAUCAUCGGCGUGAAGAAAGGCGGGACGCGCGCGCUGCUGGAGUUUCUGCGCGUGCAUCCAGAUAUCCGCGCUGUAGGAGCGGAGCCGCACUUCUUCGACCGUAACUAUGACAACGGACUGGACUGGUACAGAGACCUGAUGCCUAAGACCCUGGAGGGCCAGAUCACCAUGGAGAAAACCCCAAGCUACUUUGUGACGAGUGAGGCCCCGGCCCGGAUCUAUGCCAUGUCCCGCGACACCAAGGUGAUCGUGGUGGUCCGGGACCCCGUCACACGAGCCAUCUCCGACUACACACAGACAUUGUCCAAGAAACCUGACAUUCCCACUUUUGAGAGCCUGGCGUUCAAAAACAGAACUACAGGGUUGAUUGACACCUCGUGGAGCGCCAUUCAGAUCGGCAUCUACGCCAAGCACCUGGAUAACUGGCUGCAGUUUUUCCCAAUGCGCCAGAUUCUGUUCGUGAGCGGAGAGCGUCUGAUCACCGACCCGGCCGGGGAGCUGGGCCGUGUGCAGGACUUCCUGGGCCUGAAAAGAAUCAUCACAGACAAACACUUUUACUUCAAUCAGACCAAGGGCUUUCCUUGUCUUAAGAAAGCUGAGGGCAGCAGCAAACCCCAUUGCUUGGGUAAAACCAAAGGGCGGACCCACCCAAACAUUGACCCUGAGGUGGUGCAGAGACUUAGAGACUUUUACAGGCCUUUUAACAUGAAGUUCUACCAGAUGACUGGCAGGAAAUUUGGCUGGGAGGAUGACUGAUCAUUUAUAUUGAACAACUAAGACCAUGUGAAAGACAAGGGAGAAAUAACCUCAAUGUGACCUCACCAGCUUCAGGACAGGUCCGUGCAAAAUCCCCAAAGUAGUCUAAUGUGGUUAUUUGUAUAUUUAUACAUUUAAAAGCCAUGUAUUGAAGAGAAACUCUGCUUACUUAAGCUAAAGAGAAGUCCUCUAUGCAUUAUCUCUCAAUGGGACCGUAAACUGUGAAUUAUCCACUGUGUGUAUGUGGUUGGAGAUCAAACUAUUCCUGCCAUAUUUGAUGUGGAAAAAUGCUAUAUGCUUAUUUACUUUUGCAAAGAUAUUCUAAAGAUAAAUUAGUGUAUUUUUUGAAAUGUAAAGUUAUUUAUUUUAAAUAUAUGUACACAUACAGUUGACCUUUUUUGAAAAAUCUCCACAAAUACCUCUUUUCACUUUUGCGUGAGUGGAGGAAAAGCAAUAUCGAACCAAUGCCUUAUGUAAAACCUCCAUGUGGACAAAAACGUACACAUAUUGUUUUCUUUACAAUUUUUGAAGAUAUAUAUAUAUUUCAAAAAAUAUCUCAAGUCAGGAAUAUGGUCCACCGUGUGACAUAUGAUGUCAUUUCCUGUCUUUUUUUUCCAUUUCCUGUCUUUUUCUCCCCAAGGUCCACUUCAUAAAGCUGUCUGCUUUGUGUGUAAGAGAAAGACUUUGUCUCAAAGUGACACAUUCAGAUUUUAUUUUAAUUCAGCAAUUAAAUUUUAAACUUUUGAAAUAUCAGUAAUUAAUG